GGAGGCGCUUCUUCAGGCGAACGAACGUUUCCAAAAAAGACGCAGAGUAGUAGUGGUGAUAACAUAGAAGUUUUCACCAAUCUUGACAAGCAAUCAAAACGUUUAAGUAUUGAAAAGAUUUACCAGAAAAAAACACAAUUAGAACACAUUUUACUGCGUCCGGAUACAUAUAUUGGCUCAGUUGAACAUACCGAUAAAACUUCCAUGUGGGUUUAUGAUCCCGAAUCAGAGAGGAUUGUGCAGCGUGAAAUAAGUUAUGUUCCUGGACUGUAUAAAAUUUUUGAUGAGAUAUUGGUCAACGCCGCCGAUAAUAAACAAAGAGACCCAAAAAUGAACUUAAUACGAGUAAACAUAAAUAGGGAAAAGAACGAGAUUAGUGUUUUUAAUAAUGGUAAAGGUAUUCCCGUUGUGCAUCAUAAGGUUGAAAACAUGUAUGUUCCCGAAUUAAUUUUUGGUACUCUGUUGACAUCAUCUAAUUACAACGAUGAAGAGCGUAAAGUGACAGGUGGCCGUAAUGGUUAUGGUGCCAAACUUUGCAAUAUUUUUAGUACGGAGUUUACUGUAGAAACUUCCUCAAAAGAAUAUGGAAAGUCAUUUAAGCAGACGUGGAAAAAUAAUAUGACUAAAGAUAAAGAUGCUACUAUUAGUAAAGCAACUGGCGAGGAUUUUACGCGAAUAACUUUCAAACCGGAUUUGUCCAAAUUUAAAAUGACCGAGCUUGAUGAUGACAUUGUUGGUUUAAUGUCUCGGAGGGCUUACGAUGUUGCUGGUUCGACGAAAGGAGUUAAAGUCUACUUAAAUAAUAAAAUGCUUCCGGUCCAAGGUUUUAAGCAGUACGUUGAGCAAUAUGCGAAGCACAAUUUGAAUAGUGACGGUGAACCUUAUAAGAUUGCAUACGAGCAAUUCAGCGAGCGGUGGGAGGUUGCUUUGACUGUUUCAGAGAAAGGGUUUCAACAAGUUUCCUUUGUUAAUAGCAUUGCAACGACAAAGGGAGGUAGACAUGUGGAUUACAUCACUGAUCAGAUUACAGCGAAGCUGGCUGAAACAGUCAAGAAGAAAAUUGGGAAAGGAGGGGUCAACAUAAAGCCGUUUCAGAUAAAGAAUCAUAUGUGGGUUUUUGUGAACUCGUUAAUCGAAAACCCUACUUUUGAUUCUCAAACUAAGGAAACCAUGACUCUUCAAGCAAAAAGUUUUGGAUCUAAAUGUGAAUUGUCGGAGAAAUUUGUUAAUGCGACGUUGAGAUGUGGAGUUCUAGAAGCCGUGAUGUCUUGGGUUAGGUUCAAACAACAAGAAAAUCUCGACAAAAAAUGCUCUGCAAAAAAGACAAGUAAACUGAAGGGUGUUCCUAAGUUGGAAGACGCUAAUGAUGCCGGUACUAAAAAUUCCGCUUUUUGUACCUUAAUUUUGACGGAGGGCGAUUCAGCAAAAUCUUUAGCUGUCUCUGGCCUUGGAGUUGUUGGUCGUGAUAGGUAUGGCGUCUUCCCUCUUCGCGGUAAAAUGUUGAAUGUUAGAGAAGGAAGUCAUUCGCAGAUUAUGGAAAAUGCUGAAAUCAAUGCUUUGCUCAAAAUAAUCGGUUUGCAAUAUCGUUUAAAGUAUGACAAAGAUGAAGACAUGAAAACGUUGCGUUAUGGCAAGGUUAUGGUUAUGGCUGAUCAGGAUCAGGACGGUUCACACAUAAAAGGGCUUGUUAUCAAUUUCAUACACUACAAUUGGCCGAACCUUAUACGCCGAAAUUUUGUAGAAGAAUUCAUUACGCCUAUUGUUAAGGCCACCAAAGGUAAAGAGGAGUUUUCAUUUUUUUCUCUUCCGGAGUAUGCAGAAUGGAGAAACAAUACAGAGAAUUGGAAGUCUUAUCGUAUAAAAUAUUACAAAGGUCUUGGGACUUCAACUUCGAAAGAAGCCAGGGAAUAUUUUACUGAUAUGGCACGUCAUCGAAUAAAAUUCAAUUAUUCAGGGAAUGAUGAUGAUAAUUCUAUUGAUAUGGCUUUUAGCAAGAAAAAAAUAGAGGAGCGGAAGGCAUGGUUGACGAAAUGGAUGGCUGAAAAGAAAGAAAGAAGAGAACAAGGACUUACUGAGGAAUACUUGUAUGAUAAAAACACUAAAAGUGUUUCAUUCAAAGACUUUGUCAACAAGGAAUUGGUUCUUUUUUCAAAUGCUGAUAACGAACGUUCAAUUCCAAGUCUGGUUGACGGGCUGAAGCCAGGUCAGCGCAAGGUACUUUUUACAUGUUUUAAACGUGCUGACAGAAAAGAAAUCAAAGUUGCUCAGUUAGCUGGGGCAGUUGGGGAGAUGUCUGCGUAUCAUCAUGGAGAGCAAUCUCUUAUGUCAACUAUUGUUAAUUUGGCUCAAGAUUUUGUUGGCUCAAAUAACAUCAACCUUCUUUUACCCAUUGGACAGUUUGGCACUCGUCUACAAGGAGGUAAAGACAGCGCGAGUCCUCGUUAUAUUUUUACCCAACUUAAUCCUGUCGCUCGUGCCCUUUUUCCGCCUGUUGACGAAAAUGUUCUAAGGUUUUUGUUUGAGGAGAAUCAGCGGAUCGAGCCAGAAUGGUACUGCCCUAUAAUACCAACUGUUUUGGUAAAUGGAGCGGAAGGUAUUGGUACAGCUUGGUCUACAAAAUUGCCAUGGUUCAAAAACUUUCGUGGGACUAUUGAAAAGUUAGACAAUCAUCGGUUUAUCUGCAGUGGUGAAAUUUCGGUUUUGCGUGAAGAUACUAUUGAAAUUACCGAGUUACCCAUUAGGACUUGGACGCAGAACUAUAAAGAAAGCGUUUUGGAAACCUUUUUAGAAGGAAGUGAAAAACAGCCUGCAUUGAUUAGCGAUUUCAAAGAAUAUCACACUGAUACGACAGUAAAAUUUGUGGUGAAAAUGAACCCGCAGAAGUUGCGAGAGGCAGUGGGCGAGGGACUGCAUAAAGUGUUCAAACUUCAGACUGCAAUUAACACAAGUUCUAUGGUUCUCUUUGAUGCUCUUGGGUGUUUGAGAAAGUUUUCGACAGUUGAAGAAAUAUUUAAAGAGUUUUUUGAAACUAGAAAAAAGAAAUACAUAGAAAGAAAGGCUUUCCAAGAGGGCAUGCUGCGUGCUCAGAGCGAACGGCUGAGCAAUCAGGCUCGUUUUAUAUUGGCCAAAAUCAAAGGUGAGAUUUAUAUCGAAAAUAAGCGGAAGGUCGCUAUCGUUGAACAACUUGUGAAGAAGGGUUUUGAUCCUGAUCCUGUUAAGAAAUGGAAGGAAUACGUUAGGAAGAAGGAGUUAGAGAUGACAGGAGAAGUUGCUAUUGAUGAAGAGGAUGAGGAGGAAGAAGGAACAGAAGAGUCGGAAGGUACUUCUUCACCACUUAAAAAAGACGUCGAAAAGAAACUUCAGGACUACGAUUAUUUAGUUGGUAUGGCUAUUUUAAAACUCUCCGAGGAAGAGAAGAAUAAAUUACUAAAAGAAAGUGAAGCCCUACAGGCUAUGACUUGGGGAGAGAUGUGGAAUGCUGAUUUGGACCAGUUUCUCAUUGCACUUGACAAACAGGAAGCUAAAGAGCGAGUGGAUAACGAUAUUCAAAUAAAGAAGUUAGGCAGUGCUGCAACAGGCGGACGUAAGAAGGCAGGAACUGAGUUUUUGCCUGACCCGAACGGCACUCGAAUUGAACCUAAGAUUGAUCAUAUGAAAGAAAAGUACGGUGAGCCAAAACCAAAAAAACCGAAACUUCCAAAGGAGCCGAAAGAGACGAAACCGAAGAAAGAUGGAGGCGAGGUGUCACUUUUUACUGAAGACGACGAAUCUGAAAACAUGGACAAGUACGUUUUCGAGGAUGAUGAUGAAGAUUUUGUGGCUCCAGAAGUGAAGAAAACUACAUCCGAAGAUAGGAAAAGAAAGGUUAGCUUUUUGCUUCUUUACCGCUUUUGGAAAUUCGUGUGA